UGGGGUGGUAGUUCACAGGGCAUCAGUCAAGGGUAAAUACUGGAAUAACUCAGUGGGUACCACCCCUGCUCACCUUUGGGUACUCUAGUGCUCCGUUCUUAGACUUUUUCUUCUCUCUUUCAGUGAUCUCUUUCCAUCGUGUGGCUUCACCUAUUGCCUAUGCCCUGACAGCCCUUGGCGUUUAUUUAGUCUAGACAUAAGCCGGAUGUUUAUGGAUUCUCCAAUUGCAUGCCAGUUACUUCCUUUGGAUAUUUAGUAGCCACCUAAAACUGAACAUCUGUUCACUCCUAAGGAGUCUUCCUCAUUCAAGUUAAUGAAAAUACCGACUUAGUCACUCGAUCUAGAAAUCUGACAUCAUCCUGUAGAUCGAUGUCAUACCUCAUCUCUAAUCCAGUAACAAAUGAAGUGACCUCACCCUCAUCGUGUAUCUAAAAUGAGGAGAACAGUGGUUUAAAAGCAACAGUCUCCUUAAUACCACCCCUCAAAACCCUCCAUAUGGCUUCUCUGUUCCUCAGUAGUAAAAGCCAGCGUCCUCAAGUCUUAGGAGUGCAGACGUCAUCAGAUCUUGCUUUUUUGAAGGAUAAAUGUCCAUGGGAGUGUGUCUUGAUCUUGUUCUCUGCGUCUUGGGGCACUUUCUUAGGUGGUUCCCUUCAGCUGGACCCUUGCUCACCAUUAACUGGGCUGUGUACUUAAUGUUCUGUAAAGAGGCCCCUAGCUUUUCCUCAGUGCAGCGGUCAUUCUCCUCAGCUGGUUCAGAGGCUAGUCCAUCUGCUUCAAGUCCUGCAAAGGCAUGAGAUCUCAAGUGCUAGGAAUAAAGAAUUACCACGAAAUUAUGACUCGUCAUCCUGAGAAUUAUCAGUGGGAAAAUUGGAGUCUAGAAAACAUUGCCACCAUCCUAGCCCACCGUUUCCCCAAUAGUCACAUUUGGGUAAUAAAGUGUUCCCGGAUGCACUUGCACAAGUUCAGCUGCUAUGACAACUUUGUGAAGAGCAACAUGUUCGGCGCGCCAGAGCACACCCCGGACUUUGGAGCCUUUAAGCACUUGUAUAUGCUAUUAGUUCAUGCUUUUAGCUUAACUCAGAACGGUUUGCUAUCCAAGAGCAGGAGUGUUUGCAAUAAGGAUUGUAAAGCAUCCAACUGUGAGUCUAAUUCUUCUACUAGUAAUGGUGGCCAGGAGGACAAAGAGAGGACCUGUGAAAACCUGGAGGAGUCUGCCGGGAGUCCGCCUCCGCUCUCACUGAGCGCUGCAUCGUUUACUCUGGUGGGAUUCAGUAAAGGCUGUGUUGUUUUGAAUCAGUUGCUGUUUGAGUUGAAGGAAGCCAAGAAAGACAAGAACUUAAACACUUUCAUCAAAAGUAUAAGAACGAUGUACUGGCUGGAUGGCGGUCAUUCUGGAGGAAGCAAUACUUGGGUCACGUAUCCAGAAGUCUUGAAAGAGUUUGCUCAAACGGGGAUUACUGUUCACACUCAUGUAACACCUUAUCAAGUACAUGAUCCAAUGAGAUCCUGGAUUGGAAAGGAGCACAAGAAAUUUGUUCAGAUACUUGGGGAUUUGGGUAUGCAGGUGACUAGCCAAAUUCAUUUUGUGAAGGAAACUCCCUCCAUAGAGAAUCACUUCAGGGUUCAUGAAGUGUUCUGAGACUUCAUGUGCUUGCUUAAGUGGGAGAACCAAGGACUUCGUUAAAACACAGAUGAUGAGAUGUAAGAGUAAUUAGAUGCAUUGUCAGUUUGUGGGCUAAGAAGAUGCACAUUCCAAAAAUAUGUGUCAUAUACAGUAGGAUUCCUUGCUUGUAAAUGUGCGCAGCUUUAAAUUUUGAUUGGAUUAGAAUUAAUUUGAAGUCUAGAAGGAUAGUUUGUGAUAAUCCUAUGUCCUUUAAAAAUCAAAGAAACUUGGUGUUAGUCUUUUUAAAAGGUAAUAAAAUUGGUGUUGGAAAUAGCUGAUUUUCUGAGAGCUGUUUUAAACUAACAUUCAGCUGUUGGCUACAGUCAUUUCACCUCUUUCUCUGUCCAGGGUUCUUAGGGGGACAUUUGCACCCUGCAACCUGCCUCCUGGGAAAGUUUGGACUCACUCCCUUGGACUCAUUCACAGUGUUCUACCAAGUGUUUGUUUUGUUUUGUUUUUUAAAGUCAAAAUAUAUUUAUUCCCUCAUUUAAGAUCGUAAGAUUGUGUAGUUGGAUUUUUAAAACAUAUUACACUAAGCGCUGUAACUUAAUUCUUAAUUGACAGUUUUUAAUUAUCUGUUAGUGUGCUCUCAAAAGGAACCAGAUUCCACAGACCUAAAUCAGCGUUUCUUCAGAAGCAUGGUUUUGUCUGCCAAGAGAAAAUAGCUUUCUUUGGCCAAAUGUAAAAUUACAUUGAGAUAAGAAAGGUUACAAAGGAAAGUUUGAAGACACAAAUAAUUUAAAUUUUGGCCCAGAAACUGAAUUUGCUUAACACUGCUACAUAAUUUGGGUGAAGUUUCCUUCUGCCCAUUUUUCUUCACUAGAUAAAUGCAUUUUGAAAAACCAAAAUCUAACGAAUUUCAAACAAUAUUGGAACAAAGCUGGGUAGUUAUAAAAGUGGCACUUUUUAUUUAUGAAUAAAUAAAUGAAGCUUUCUAGGUCAUGGAAUAACCAAACAUGGAAAUAACAUGCUGUUUUGGGAUCAAAAAGAAAAUGUAUACUGAAGAUUAGUAUCUUAGUGUAUGCAAAGUGUUAAUUUCUUGGUUUCUUCCAAAAUUACAUUUUAAUCAUCCUAUAAAUAUAUUUCCAAUAUUCGCUCAUGAGAAAGGAUUCCUUCACACCAGAUGUUUAAAAUGAACGUGGUUCUAUCAACUACAGAUCAGUGUCUGUACGUUUGUUUUUUCUAAAUAGUUUUAUAUUGUUUCUCUUUGAAUAUGUUUUAAGACCAGCACUUCCCAUUGUAGAAACAAGUCACCUGGCUUCUUUCUACCUCAUUGUGCAUUUCCUUAACUUUAAGCACUAGGAUUGGAUGGCUACAUUCAAUUUGUUUAAUGGUUGUCAAAUGUAUCACUUAAUGUAAAACAGCUGAAUUCCUGAGUGGUCAUACAGAGGGAAGGCAUUUGUUUUCACAGGAGUAACUCAAGUGGAAAGAGGUUUUUUGUUUUUUUUUAAGAAUUCAUUUUAAAUGUCUGAGUUAGUUCCUCACCUCGCCGUUCAUGUGAAUGUUCAGUUGUUACAUGUUAAAGUGGACACUAAUCCAAGGGACACCGGAAACUGCCAUCGCUUCUGGAAAUAGUGUUGAAUAAUACAAAUACUUUGGAGUGGAAAUGAUUGUUAACUCACACACAGGUAUUUCUGUGUAAUACUACAAAUUGGUCCUUUCCCACAUUUCUUUAAAAUUGUGUAUGUUAAAUUUGUUAUUGUAAACGUGUGUCCUACUUGAUUGUGCCUUUGUAUAGAGUCACUGGAGAAGUGGUCUUGCAAAUGGAAAAUUGUUACCACCACAGCAUGAACGUCUUAACUGUAUUAAAAAUAAUAAUCCAUAGAAA